UCGAACAUUUCAAUCAACAUCACCAUGUCGUCUCUUGGACAUUCUUUCACCACCAGAAUACUCUCUGCAAUUAUAUUAUUAAUGGUAUUUGGCCAAGGUUUAUCCUUACAGUGUUACUUUUGCAAAAUUGACGCAGAUGGGAAAUGUGAGGAAAAAUUAGAUGAAUGUAAUAAUUUAAUACCAACAACAGUGCUAAUAACAACGACAGAACCAAUAAGAACAACAGAACAAAUAACAACGGCAGAACCAAUAACUACUACAGAGCCGAUAGAAACGACAGAACCAAUCACAACGACAGAGCCAAUAGCACCGACAGAACCAAUAACUACUACAGAGCCAAUAAUACCGACAGAACCAAUAAAUACUACAGAGCCGAUAGAAACGACAGAAUCGAUAACAACUACAGAUCCAAUAGCACCGACAGAACCAGCAACUACUACAAAUCCAAUAACACCGACAGAACCAAAAACUACCACAGAGCCGAUAGAAACGACAGAACCAAUAACAACGACAGAGCCAAUAGCACCGACAGAACCAAUAACUACUACAGAGCCAAUAAUACCGACAGAACCAAUAAAUACUACAGAGACGAUAGAAACGACAGAAUCGAUAACAACUACAGAUCCAAUAGCACCGACAGAAACAGUAACUACUACAGAUCCAAUAACACCGACAGAAGCAAUAACCACCACAGAGCCGACAGAAACGACAGAACCGAUAACAACUACAAAUCCAAUAACACCGGCAGAACCAAUAACUACCACAGAGCCGAUAGAAACGACAGAACCAAUAACAACGAUAGAGCCAAUAGCACCGACAGAACCAAUAACUAUCACAGAGCCGAUAGAAAUGACAGAACCAAUAACAACGACAGAGCCAAUAGCACCGACAGAACCAAUAACUACUACAGAGCCGAUAGAAACGACAGAGCCAAUAACAACAACAGAGCCGGUAACAACGGAAAAACUAAUACGAAAGGCAGAGCCAAAAGUUAUUGCAACGAAACCUUUUUACUCUGUGAAAUACAUGAGCCGCUUUGCCAGAGCCAUAGCUCGAGAGGAGGAUGGCUACAUUUGUUAUACUGUAACUGACAAAGGUGACGGAAAUAAAAUUAUCGAAAAAGGUUGCGCUUUAAAAAGUGACUCUAAGUGUACGGAAAGUAAUCAGAGCACUUGUAAAGAAUGCGAAGAGGACAAGUGCAAUUCUGCAGCUUUAGUUAAGCUUGGAUUAUUAUCAAUAGUUCUGCCAAUACUGUUAACUACUACUUUAGUUUUUAGCAAAUAA